AUGGCAUCGACUGAAUCCCAGUCUCAGAGACCUUCCCUUCCUUUCUAUCUUACCCCUCAGCAACAGCAAGUAUUACUCCAGGCGCUAGCCGGUGAUCAACAGCAAGGACAAUCCUCUAUUACCCCGCUCACCUCCGCCGCCCUCUCCUCCCAUCAGAACAACUCGUUUCCCGCCUCCAUGGAUGACCACGCUGGAGAUCUUAGCGCCUUCCAGGACAGUUCGUUCCUCGAUAGCUACGACGUUAGCUUUAACCCCGAUUCCAGCUUUGAUUUUGACAUCUCGCACGCCUCCAUGCCUCAGACCGCAAACGGCGACACCUCUGAGACGGCAAAGUCGGAGAACUCGGCGGAUAACGAUACACCGGAGAAGCGCCCGCUUGAGGAAGACGAGACAAGUCCGGGAGCCAAGGGAAACGAUGCCAAGAGGAGGGAUGGUCCCGAGAAGGUGCCAAAGAAACCCGGUCGCAAGCCGUUGACGUCAGAGCCAACUUCGAAGAGAAAGGCCCAAAACCGCGCGGCGCAGAGAGCGUUCCGCGAACGAAAGGAAAAGCAUCUGAAGGACCUCGAGAACAAGGUGGCAGAUUUGGAAAAGAAGUCGGAAACUGCGACUACCGAAAACACCGCCUUGCGAAAGCAACUUCGGAGUGUAAUGGCCGAGCUGGAUGAAUAUAAGCGCAAGGUUCAAUUGUUGGGUAACCCGCGCCCGCCCGCUCGCGAUCGUCUAUCGGGCCAUGGGUUUGGCUCGCCCGCCAUCAAUAAUUUGAACGACGUCCACUUCCAGUUUGAGUUCCCCAAGUUCGGGUUCCUUCCCGGACCCCCCAUCAAUUCGAAGCCCACCAAUGGACAGAAUCGCUCUUCAGCCUCCCCGCAAGUCCAGACUGCAUCCAACCUAGCCAGUCCGAACGGCAGUCACGCUUCUAACAAACAGCAUUCACCUAUCAGCGUAUCGGCCGCGACGCCCAACUUGGCAGGAAGCACGCUCCAAAACUCACCAAACCCACAACGGGAUGCUCUCAACGGCCUAAACGGCGCGAGGAAUAGUUUGGAUUCUGGCCAUUACAGCCUUGGGAGUGGGUCAACAAGCUCUCCCUCCGGCUCUUACAACUCCGUAGGGGGGCCCAGCUCCUCAUGUGGUACAUCGCCGGAGCCAUUUAACCAGUCCCCCAUGGGAUUCAAGCCUCUUGACACCAUGACAACUAUUGGCGAGGAGCAGCCUACCCUACAACAUAACAAUAUGCAAGUGCCGACAAAUUUUGGUGACCUCUCCGCAGAUCUGAAUUUCGACUGGCUUGCACAACAGAACGGGGGCCAGUUCGAUCCCCAAUUGUUUGGUGAUUACCGUGAGCCGCAGAACAACAUUCUUGCCGGGAACAACUUCGACGACAGUUUCUUUAAUGAUGCUCUCGAUGCAGACUUCUUCACUCCCUUCAAUGUGCCGCCAGUCGCGCUGCCGCCUAAGAACACUGCAUCUGUCGACGCAGUUCCACAACAGGAGCCGUCUAAGGCUGCCAGUGACCCAUUGGGCCUGGUGAAGGGUAAUGAUCUCAUAGACUGUAACAAGGUUUGGGAGAAAAUACAAAGUUGCGAGAAGGUACAGGCGGGUGAUUUCGAUCUUGAUGGUCUUUGCUCUGAGCUACAGAAAAAAGCGAAGUGCUCUGGUAAAGGCCCAACUGUUAAAGAGCAAGAUUUCGAGGCUGUCCUCAACAAAUACCUUGGGCCGGACUUUUUCGACAGAUGCGGCAGGGGCUUGCCUCCCCAGAAGCCCCAGGUGGAGUCAUAA